AUGUGCCGCCCCAGCCAAACUCCCCAUUCCGGAUUUUUCCUCGUCGAGCGCACAUCGCCCGACCACGCCUGUCUUCGCACACGAAGACCUCGCUCCCGCCGCCGCCCAGUCCUCUUCACGGAGUGCUGCCGCCGCUGCCAAACUCCUCGCCGCUACAGUUCGUCAGUGCUCUUCGCGGAGCUCUAUCGACAAGUACCUGCACCCGCUGCUGUAGUUCGACUCGUGAUACUGCUGCAGCUGCCCACGCCUUGCUACCGACGCUCAAGUCACCCAGACAGUUAG